CGCCUGACGUCAAGGCGACACCGCCAAACCUCGCCCAGAGUCAGGCGUGUAAACCAGCCGGAGCGGCGGCGGCGGCAGCGGCAGGACCGCCGUGGCGCCGGGAGCAGCGACCCGGAGAGAGCGCGGGACGACGCCGGCUGCGGGGACCCGGUGACAGCGUGAGAGGUACUAGGUUUUGACAACUUUGCAUCAUGCGUGAGUAUAAGCUAGUCGUUCUUGGCUCAGGAGGCGUUGGAAAGUCUGCUCUGACUGUACAGUUUGUUCAAGGAAUUUUUGUUGAAAAAUAUGAUCCUACGAUAGAAGAUUCUUACAGAAAGCAAGUUGAAGUAGAUGCACAACAGUGUAUGCUUGAAAUCUUGGAUACUGCAGGAACGGAACAAUUUACAGCAAUGAGGGAUUUGUACAUGAAAAAUGGACAAGGCUUUGCAUUAGUUUAUUCCAUCACAGCACAGUCCACAUUUAAUGAUUUACAAGAUCUGAGAGAACAGAUUCUUCGAGUUAAAGAUACUGAUGAUGUUCCAAUGAUUCUGGUUGGUAAUAAGUGUGACUUGGAAGAUGAAAGAGUUGUAGGAAAGGAACAAGGUCAAAAUCUAGCAAGACAAUGGAACAACUGUGCAUUCUUAGAAUCUUCUGCAAAAUCAAAAAUAAAUGUUAAUGAGAUCUUUUAUGACCUAGUGCGGCAAAUUAACAGAAAAACUCCAGUGCCUGGGAAGGCCCGCAAAAAGUCAACAUGUCAGCUGCUUUAAUAUACUAAAUGCAUUGUAGCUCUGAGCCAGGUCUGAAGAACUGUUGCCCAAUUCAACAGUGCCAGCAUUCCAACUUUGUUAAACCUACCAACAUCUUAAAUGGACUUUCCUGUGGUGGUACCCUUUAAGAGGCGGAUGAAAGCUACUAUAUCAGUUUGCACAUUCUAAUCACUUUCCAGUAUCACAAGAGAGAUUUUUACUUAUAUAAUAGUCCUAGAGUAUGCCCCUGGUAAAACCAGAGGCUACAUCCAGUAUUACUGCUAAGAGACAUUCUUCAUCCACCAAUGUUGUACAUGUAUGAAAAUGGUGUACUGUAUACUUUAACAUGCCCCAUACUUUGUAUUGGAGAGUACAAUAAUGUAAAUCCUAAAAGCACCACUAUUUUAGCAUAAUAAAAGAAAGUCCAAAGAGCUCCUAUAUAGACUACUCCAGAUAACUUUGCUUCUUUGAUACUUGUAGCUUGUAAUUUUUUUUUUUUAAGAAAUUCAAGGUCAUUAUCAUUGUAUUGUACAAAAUAAGCGCUUUGAUUAACACAGCUAUAUAGUUUUUUUAAUUUUUAAAAAACCUGUGGAGACAGUGAUCAUGUCUUUAAAAUACAAUAGUCCUUUCAGUAUAAUGUCUUAGAUUAAAGACAUUGCCUUUAAUAUCUAUUGGGAAGGAAAUGUCCAGACUUUUCAAAUCUCUUUUUAUGUUUCCUUUUUGUUUACAUAGGGAACAAUGUUUAUAGUUGUGUGUACAGUGGGGGUCUACAACAAGAAGUGUAUAUUUUCAAACAAUUUUUUAAUGAUUUAACAAUUUUUGUAAAUCAUUUUCAGGCUUCUGCAGCUGUAGAUUCUCACUGUGAAUCCCUUGCUUGCUCAUGCAUAAGUGUAUUUGCAAUACCAAAUAUACAGGUUUAGUAUUUUUGCCUGUUAGUGAUUGUUUCACAUGUGUAACGUUUUGGUUGAGAUGUUAAAUGGUGGAGAGUACUGUGGAUGUGAAUGUGGGAAGUAAUUUUAAUCAUGUGUAAUUGGUCACAAGGCCUAAUUUGCAGUAACUAUUGCUGUUUUAUUUAACAAUGCCUUGUUGCUUUGUAUGCAUUAACGUUUGGGUGUAAAGAUCGUAUGUCUAUCCAACAGGGAGCCACAGUAUUUAAAUUGACCAACCUGAUGUUACAACUACUUUGAGGUGGCCAAAUGUAAACUAAAAGCCUUAAUUAAAGUGGUGCAAUUUUGUAUAACUUUAGCAUCAGUAGUUCAAUAAAUUUGGAUUGCCAUGCAAGGGCUUGCAUUAUAAUUA